AUGGAAGGAUCUCUGUUGAGUCCUGCAUUGGAAGCAUUGGAGCAUGUAAGGUCUGAAGACGGAAAAAUUCUCACAAAACCUUUCUUGGAUGUAUGCAAAACUGUAUUACCGAUUUUAGAUAAGUUCGGAGGAGCAUUUUCAUUUGUAAAAUCUGAUAUAGGUGGUAACAUCGAGAGAUUGGAGACUCAAUAUGAUUCGGACUCUUUAAAAUACAAAUUUUUACACAUCAUGAUUCAAAGAGAGGUUGAAACCAAAACAGAAAGGAUUCAAUCUAGUUGCACAAAUUCCAUACUAUGGCUAUCAAGGAGCAUGGAUUACACAGUACAAUUGUUCAAAAACUUACAAGAACAUGAGGAUUGGAGCAUGAAACAUGUUUGUAGGGAUUCAUACGAUAAAACAUUUAAAAAAUGGCAUAAUUGGCUAGCAAGUUCUACUUUCAAUGUUGGAUUGAAGCUUGUUCCAGAUAGAAAAAGUUUCAUGGAAGCUAUUGGUACAGGAGACCUAAGUUCUGACAUAGAAAAAUUUUGUGAUAGCUUCUCUUUAGUUCUUGCAGAGAAUCAUAAAGUCCUGGCUAGUGUUAAUAUGGAUAAUAGGAAAAUUUGA